AUUAUCUAAAUAUAUAAACAAGCACACUAUUAUUUAUUAAAUCCGCGUGAAACAAAAGAGAUUUACAAAAAAGAUUUUGCCACAUCUUUAAUUAUUCUCUUUGUCAACGAUUUCUUAUUAUAUUGACUAGCCUUUGAAUUUAAAUUAUAAUAUAAAUGUAAUAAAUUAUGUCAUAUAAUAAAAAUCAAAUCUGGAGUUGACUAAAGGGUCCCAUAUUUUCCUCCGGCAAAUCUAAUCCCAUGUGUUCUGCUUCAGUUCUUCUCCGCAUUAAACGGCGUCGUUUCCACUCUUUCACAUUUUUUAAACUGCUUACCAAAUCCCUCCCACAAUCUAGCUUUUUUUUUCCGCGAUAACAAUUCUCUUCUCUCACAGUUUUUGUUUCAUACUGCGAACGAAUUUGAAUACUGAUGGAUUAUAGGAGGGCUGGGAGCCCAGUGUACGGUCGUCAAUGGAGCAGAUCAUCUAACGUUACGGAAUCGAGAUCGCCGUCCAAGUCACCUGCUCACCGGAAUCAAAUCGGUAGUGUUGGUGGCUUAUCCACCGUUAAACGGACUCAGAACGUAGCCACCAAAGCGGCGGCUCAACGGUUAGCGAAGGUUAUGGCUUUACAGAACAAAGACAAUGAAGAAGACGAUGAUGAUGACGACGAUCACGAAUUCAAAUUCGCACCUCCUUCUUCUGGAGCUAUCAACGGUUCCUUCUCUCGCCGCAACCGAUCGCAGUCACCUGCGAUAGGUAGAAACACUGAGCAAGUGACUUCAGUGCGUUCUUCGUCUACUGGAAGACCAUCAACGUUUAGUAGAUCCGCAACUCCGAAUGCGUCUCCGAUUUGGAUGCCGCCUAAGGCGUCGUUGAAACCUCCGGUGAUUAUUCCUCCAAUUGAUCAGUCAUUUAAGGAUAGAGAUCAAAGGUAUUUUGGUGAUGUACCGUUAGUAAAUUCGAGAGAUAAAGGGUAUCAGCGCGAAGCUGCAGCUCUUCGUGAUGAAGUCGAUAUGCUGCAAGAGGAGAAUGAGAUUGUAUUGGAGAAGCUUCACCGUGCAGAAGAAAACCGCGAGGCAGCAGAAGCCAGGGCUCGAGAGCUGGAGAAACAGGUUGCUUCUCUUGGAGAAGGAGUUUCUUUGGAAGCCAAAUUGUUAAGUAGGAAGGAAGCUGCAUUGCGCCAAAGGGAGGCUGCUCUUAAGGCUGCUAACGAGAAAAAAGAUGGCAAAAAGGAGGAAGUUGUUUCCCUUCGUUCACAACUUCAGAGCAUGAAGGAUGAGGCUGCAACAGCUGCGGAACAGCUUCAAGAAGCAGAAGCAGAAGCAAAGGCUCUUCGUACAAUGACUCAAAGAAUGGUUUUAACACAUGACGAAAUGGAGGAAGUAGCCUUGAAGAGAUGCUGGCUUGCCCGGUAUUGGGGUUUGGCAGUACAGCAUGGGAUUUGUUCUGACAUAGCAUCAUCAAGGCAUGAAAAGUGGUCUGCUUUGGCUCCUCUUCCAUUUGAGCUGGUCAUAUCUGCAGCACAAAAGGCCAAGGAGUUAUCUCGGGAAGAAGGUGGGAGUAUUCAGAGCAAAACUGAUAGAUUUUUAAGUGAUCUAACUGGAGAAGGAAAUAUCGAAAGUAUGCUUUCAGUUGAGAUGGGUUUGAGAGAGCUAGCAUCCUUAAAGGUUGAAGAUGCGGUUAUGCUUGCAUUUGCCCAGAAGAGAACACCAAGUUUAGUUCGUCAAGAUUCCAAAGGGCAUGGAGAACUCAGAUUUGUAGAGACAUAUGAGCUAAAAGAAGGGGAGCAAGAAGAUGUUGCCUUUAAGCAGGCGUGGCUGAUGUACUUCUGGGGUAGAGCCAAGUUGCAUGGUGUGGAAGAAGACAUUGCAGAUGAACGUAUGCAGUUUUGGAUCAGUCGCAGUGACGGGAAAAAUCCGACUUCUCAGGAUGUUGUUGACGUGGAACGAGGUAUGUUAGAGCUAAGGAAACUAGGAGUAGAGCAACAAUUAUGGGAAGCUUGUCGCAAAGAAACCGAUCAGCUUCUUCCAUCCUCUUCUCCGACCUCUACUCUCUCAAAUCACAACUUCGACUCUUAAAUUAUGAUAUCAAUAGCAUUCCAUAUUGUAUAACCGAAAAACAAAUCAUCAUAAUGUAAAAUCUUAAGUAUUUAACCCAAAAACAAAACAAAACAGAGAGUGCUAAAAGUCUAACCAUUUCUGGAAAUAAACACAUGUAGACGGGGAGAUAACACCAUCAGGCGAACAAAGCCCUAUAUGCGGACAAGCCCCGCAAGGCACCGAAGCAAAAGCUCCAGCUCUCGCUUCACCAUUACCGGAUUUCUUCCCUGUCAACUUGUAGCAAACUUCUCCAAUUCUCGUAGAAGCAAACUCAUUCAAUCCAUUACUCUUCACCUCCAUAAUCACAUUAUCCAAAACCAAGUUCUUAAGAAUCUCCUUAGUCUGCUCUACACUCAACUUCUCCUCUUUAACAAAAUACCCACACA